AUGGCAGCUCCUCAAGCUAAAACCACUAAAGACCUUAAUGGGAACUGGGUAAUGAAUAAGGACCUUUCGGACAAUCCUGACCCAAUCCUUCGAGCACAAGGCAUCGGAUACCUUACUCGCAAAGGCGUCAGCCUCGCAACAAUUCACCUGAAAAUCAAGCAGUAUGAACACGUUCCUACGAGCUCGACUACCGGCAUUGUCAUCUGCAUUGAGUCCACUCAGACAGCCUCAGGUCUGAAGAGCACCAAGGAGAUUCGAUAUCUCGAUAACGAAUUCCGCGAUCAUUAUGACUGGCUUUUUGGCACAGUCAAAGCACAGGCCCGUUGGGUGGCCCUAGAGGAUAUUGAAGAUGCUGUUUUGAAGGAGGGUUGGCUUGUAGAGGGGGAGGGUAACGGGCUCGUGCUCUGUCAUGCUGUGAGCCAAGAGAAUGGAUGGACUGCUAGUCAGAUUUGGGGCUUUCAAGUGGUUAGGGGUGAGAGACGGUAUUGUAUGCGCGUUGCAGUCGCCUCAAAGGGUGACCAAAAGGCUUACGCCCGAUUCGUGUACGAUUAUCAGUUAGAGUAG